UUCUAAACAUCUGAUUAGUCUAUAAUAGUGUUUCAGUGUCCGGCGUAGUGGCGUACUCGUGUACUGGCCUCCCGACUUCAGAGUCUCGACGAUCACCAAUUAUCAGCGUCGUUUGCCGACGAAAGCAUUAUUUUCGUAUGAUAAUUUUUCGUAUGGCAAAUUUUUAAUCGACAAAUCAAAACGCUACACACGACGCUCCGUUAUUUUGAUAAAAAGAUGAAAUAGAAAUUUAAAAAAAAAAUUACGUCAAUUUUCGUUACUUUUUACUAAGACACCGACCAUUGAGUGCUGUUCAGUCUUCAGUUGUUAUUCAAAGGAUCUUUGUCUCACUGCGUAUUUUAAACUUGGAAUUAUAAAGCACAACUCAAGUACCAAAUAUGGCCGUUUCCACGGGCAUGUCGUUUCUUAUAUCAACACUGUUAGCAUUGUCACUAUUCUCAGUCAUGCAGCUCAAUAGCAAAUGGUUGACGUCUAGUUCGGUGUUGGUCAUAAGUACCGGUUUUCUUGGCUCAGUGUUGUUUACACUGUCCUUGACUGCUGUAAGUAAUCUAAUGACUUUACUUUUGGGAGAAGGAUAUCAAGCUAGUUUAUUUCCUGAAAUUUUAUUAUCAUUAAUGUUCACUUUUUUCACAUGUGUCUCUAUCCACAGAGUAUGCGCUACAACCGGUUUGCUGUUUUCAUUAUUUGCUCUUUACAAUAUUUAUAAUGUUUCUCAAAAGACAUACAAUUCCAGUUCAUUGCUCAAACAACCUAUUGUUCAGAACAAAAAGAAGAAACACUAAAUGCCAAAAUACAAAACUGUUUUAUAUCAUUUUCAAUGUUCAUAAUGUACUGAAUAUUUGAUUUUUAUAUCUAUAUUUAUUUUUUAUUGUCAUUCCCUAAGUUAAAAAAUUAACAUAAAUUAUUGUAA